AUGGCAGCAUCUGCUACUCCAGCUGUGGCCACUGCUCCCGGCCCAAGGCCAGACAUUCAUCUUCUGGCCGACGCCGAUGCACCCUACGAACAAGACAUAUACCGCAACCAAGGCACAACACGGCCGUGGCUUUCUUACAUUCGACACAAAGUCCAGCAUGGCACCGUUCAGGAGCAGGCUUACGUGAUGGAACGGGCCUGCACACAACUACCGCGCUCCUACAAGCUGUGGAAGAUGUACCUCGUCUUCCGCACAAAACACGUAUCCAAGCUCAACGCCGCCUCCUACGCUGCCGAGUACCGCAAGGUCAACGCGCUCUUUGAGCGUGCCAUCAUCCUCCUCAACAAGAUGCCACGGAUAUGGGAACUCUACCUCAAGUUUCUUAUGCAGCAGCCGCUCGUCACAUUCACACGCCGCACAUUUGACCGCGCCCUGCGCGCCCUGCCAAUCGCCCAACAUAACCGAAUAUGGGCGCUGUACCGGCCCUUUGCCAACUCCGCCGGCGGCGAGACAGCGGUCCGCAUCUGGCGGCGCUACAUGCAAGUCCACCCGGAAGACGCCGAGGACUUUAUCGAGCUCCUUACACAGUCCGGACUCUACACCGAGGCCGUGCGGACGUACAUCAAGGUGCUCAACAACGCACGGUUCCGCAGCAAAAAGGCCAAGGGCCACUACGAGCUGUGGAGCGAGAUGAUCGACCUGCUCGUGGAGCAUGCCAACGAGAUCCAGACCGGCCAGGAGACGGGUAUUGACGUCGAGCGCAUCAUCCGCAGUGGCAUUGACCGGUAUUCAGACCAGCGGGGCAAGCUGUGGUCGGGCCUAGCCGCGUACUGGACACGGCGGGGCAGCUUUGAGCGGGCGCGCGACAUCUUCGAGGAGGCCAUCACGACGGUCAUGACGGUGCGCGACUUUACGCUCGUGUUCGAUUCGUACGUGGAGUUUGAAGAGUCCAUUAUUGGCGCUCUCAUGGACCUCGUUUCGACGCGUGCCGAAAAGGGCGUAGCUGACGAGGCGGCGGAUUUUGACCUCGACAUCCGCAUGCUGCGCUUCGAGCAUCUGAUGGACCGGCGGCCAUUCUUGCUGAACGACGUGCUGCUGCGGCAGAACCCGAACAACGUGGCCGAGUGGGAGAAGCGUGUCGGGCUGUGGGGUGAGAACAAGCAGGAGGUGGUCAACACGUACACGAAAGCGAUUGCGACCAUCGAGCCCAAGAAGGCCGUGGGGGUGUUCCACCAGCUGUGGGCCAACUACGCCAAGUUCUACGACCAAGGCGGCGACAUCCGGAAUGCGCGCGUUAUUAUGGAAAAGGCCGUCAAGGUGCCGUUCCGGUCGGUGGCCGAGCUGGCAGACAUGUGGAUCGAGUGGGCGGAGAUGGAGCUGCGCAACGAGAACUUUGACGACGCGGUCCGCGUCAUGGCCAAGGCGGUGCAGGCGCCGAAGCGCUCGACAGUGGACUAUUUUGACGAGACGCUGUCGCCACAGCAGCGGGUGCACAAGAGCUGGAAGCUGUGGAGCUUUUACGUCGACCUUGUCGAGAGCGUCAGCUCACUCGAGGAGACCAAGAAGGUGUACGAGCGCAUCUUUGAGCUGCGGAUUGCAACGCCGCAGACGGUGGUCAACUAUGCGAAUCUGCUGGAGGAGCAUGAAUACUUUGAGGAUUGCUUCAAGAUUUUUGAGCGCGGCCUCGACCUGUUCAGCUACCCGGUGGCCUUUGAGCUGUGGAAUCUGUACUUGACAAAGGCAGUGGACCGCAAGAUUGGCAUCGAGCGGCUGCGCGAUCUGUUUGAGCAGGCCAUUGAGGGAUGCCCCCCGCGGUUCGCCAAGGUUAUCUAUCUCAUGUACGGCAAUCUCGAGGAAGAGCGCGGCCUGGCACGGCACGCGAUGCGCAUCUACGAGCGGGCGACGCGGGCGGUGUCGGACGAGGACCGGGCCGACAUGUUCAACUUUUACAUUACCAAGUCGGCGUCCAACUUCGGCAUGGCGUCGACGCGGCCCAUCUACGAGCGCGCCAUCUCGACGCUGCCAGACGCCGAGGCGCGCGACAUGUGCCUCAAGUUUGCCGACAUGGAAAAGCGGCUCGGCGAGAUUGACCGGGCGCGGGCGAUUUACGGACACGCGUCGCAGUUUUGCGACCCGCGGACGAACCCCGACUUUUGGGCCAAAUGGCACGGGUUCGAGGUGCAGCACGGCAACGAGGACACGUUCAAGGAGAUGCUGCGGAUCAAACGCAGCGUGCAGGCGCAGUACAACACCGACGUCAACUUUGUGGCGUCGCAGGCGCUGGCCAAGAGCCAGCAGCAGCGCCAGGCGGCCGCGGCCGCCGCUGCCAACGGCGAGCACGCCGACGGCAGCGAAAAUGGCGACGCGGAGGGCGAGAGGGCCGACGCCAUGGCAGCACUCGAGCGGCAGGCGCGUGCGCCCGUGGGCUUUGUGGCGGCCAGCGACGCGCCCAUUGUGUCGGCGGCUGCGGCAGCACCACAACCGGUGGCCAAUCCGGAUGCCAUUAACAUCGACAUGGACGAUGAAGAUGACGAAUAG